AUGGAGAAGAAGACGGUGCUGACGGACGACUGGGAGUCGGACCUCGCAGCGAUCAUCGAGAAGACCAACCAGAACCUCAACCUCCUGCGCAAGAUUGGCGAGAAGCGCGAAGACGCGCCGGCGAAGAAGGCGAUGGCCAUGAUGAGCCGCGCCAAGUCGUCCAACGCGCUAGGUGCGCCGCGGGAAACCACUGGCAAUGACCGGACGCGCGCGAGCAUUUCUACCGACGCCUCGAUCCACAAGUGGAAGCAAGUGCUCGACGACUCGACAACGUUGAAGCGCCACAUUGCACACAAGAUGCUGGAGUCGACCAAGGGCAAGGACAAGGACAAAGGCCCACGCCGGGCCGCGAGCUCGGCGUGGGACGCGUCGUCGGUUGUCAACACCAACCAAGACGACCGCGCCGCGCACCAGCCGCUCCUAUCGCUUGAUGAAAUCAAAAAGAGCUUGCAAGUCGACAUCUCGUCGCGCGCGAGCCUGCUCGAGAAGCAAAUUGCGGACCUGCGCACCGACUACCAAACUAUGACGGGCGAGAGCGGCGUCGUGUCGUUGAAGCUCCAGCAACUCUCGACCCAGCUCGACGCCAAAGCCGACCGUGUGAGCAGUGUCGAACAUACGCUGCAAGAGCAGUCGGCGGUCCUCGGGCGACUGGACGUGCAGGCCAACCACGUGUUGAAGUGGAAGGCCGCCGUCGACGUCGAUCUCCAGACUCAAACCGCCAAGACUGCCCUGGUCGACGGCCUAGAGAAUAAAGUCGUGUCGCUCGAGCGCACCGUGGCCGAGCUCGUGACGCGCCUUACCAAGGCGUCGGACGUCGAGCAGUCGAUCGAGCACUGUACAUUACGCAUCUCGCAGCUCGAAGCGAAAGCCGCCAAGUCGUUGGAUAACGCAACGCUGACGCAUACCAUUGAGACGGUCGUGACCAAGGCAAUGCAAGCGUACGACGACCGGCUCACGCGGCGCCUCGAAGCGCUCACCGACAUGCAAGAAACGAAAAACGCUAGCUUCCUCAAGACGAUUCAGGGCCAGCGGGAAAACUAUGAAAAAGCCAUUCAAUAUGCGUUGGAAGCCAGUGUGGGCGACCUGCGCAACGACGUCGACGCGCACACCAAGCGCAUCGAUACGCGGUCGCAGGAGAUGGCCACGUCACUGGACCUGCGCCUCACGUCGCUCGCCAAGCGUGUGGCGAGCGUCGAAUCCAAGUCGAGCGGGGUCGAGACCGACGUCGACGCUACCAAGAACGCGACCGAGCGCGACGAGCUCCUCAAGAAGGCCGUGCUGCGGCACAUCGCCGACACGUACGUCACCAAGCAGCAAGUCCCGACGCUGCUCGUGGACGAGCUCGAGGCCCGGGGCACCCUCUUGGCGUGGAAGCGGCUCGAAACGGCCGUGUCCAAGAUGUACCGUGAAUUUGACCAAAAAUGGCACGACGCGAAUAAAUGGGUCGACGACCUCAAGCUCCAAGUCGAGAAGACGUCGGCGGGCCUCGCGACGAUGCAGACCAGCGUGCAGAAGAGCCAUAUCACCGAGACGCAAGCGUUGCGAGCCAAGCUGCUGCAGUGCGUAAACGAACUCGACCAGCUCCAGAGCACCAAGCUCGACAUGGACGCGCAUUUCGCGCGGCUCGAGAAGGACCGCGAUUUGCAAAUCCAAAAACUGCAAGCGCUCGUGUCGGAAGCCGAGGCCAAGCGCGAUGCCGACGUCCACGCACUGCAGAGCGCCCUUCAGUCCAAGCUAUUGCAAAUUGCGUCGACGUCGGGCCAAGUUGAAGUCAUGAAGGCGCUCUGGAAGCACGAGCAGUCAACGCUCCGCGUGUGCAAGUCGGAUUUGAGUAGCGCCCGCCACGAAGCACUCGCGUACAAGCUCAAGCUCCAGAGUGCCGAGAAGGACAAGGCUCGCAACGCACUCGACCACAAGCAAGCGUUGGGCCGUCUCCAAGACCAGCUGGCGCGGCUUCAAAAGCAGUGGCAGGCUGCCGACCGUGAUAGAGCGACCGCACAGUCUUCGCUGCAUGCGCUGCUGCAGGACGACGCGCGCAAACAAGCCAAGCUUGCGACGCUACAAGGCGUUUUACAGCGCCUACAGACCACCGCAUCGCAAGCGACAGCUUCGCCGCGUGAGCUGGAAGCUGCCGUGCACGAAAUGGCAGCGCAGACCAGCACGAUUCAUGCCCUCCACGCCAACGUCACCGAGCUCGAAGCCGCGAAACUGGCAUUGGAAGCCAGCCUUCUGACGUCGCGCGUGUCAUUCGAGGCCGAGUUGACGGCGCUCCAUGCAAGCCAUGACGCGACGCUGUCGGCGCGCGAAGCUACAUUGACGCAACUUUCGAAUGCCCUCGCGUCGCAGUCGACCCAGCACGCCCACGUGUGUGGCAUUCUGACGACGAUGGCCAAAGACGUUGGCGCGGCGACGGAGGCGAAUGACGAGGACGCUGUGGCGUGCGCCGAAGCGCUCCAAGCGACGUGGGCCGAACGUGUCCAGCACUGGGAAACAGUCCAAGCGCUCGCGCAAACAGAGAGCGCGGCGACCAUCGAGGCUUUGCGAGCGCAGCUGAUCGACGCUGCAGCUGCCCACGAGAGUGAGAGAGCGGCGUUGGAGGCGCGCGUGGCAGCCCACGCCAUCGAGCUAACCCAGCUUUUGGAGGCAAAAGCACAGUUGGAAGCCAGUGUCCGGACGCAGGAAGACGCACUGGCGCAGCUGCACCAAGAGCACCAUACGAAUGGCUCGAGCUUGCAAGAUCAAAUCGAAGUGCUCCAAGACGAGCUGACGUUGCGCGUCAACGACGUGGAGCACCUACGCAGCGAGCUCGUUACGGCCACCGAAGAAAGCUCGGCACUGGAAGAAGAGUUGUACGAAGUGCGUGCGAAGCUCGAGGCCAUGCACGACGCAACAGCCAGUGAAAAAGCCGAGCUCGAGGCCAAGGUGCUUGCGCUGGAAGACGCUGUCUCGACAAGCCACGCAGCAUUUGCCAGCGCACGGGAAGAGGACUCGAUCCAGCACAGCGAGGCCAUGACGCACCUUGAAACAGAGAUUGCUGCCCGUGACGCGACGAUUCUCAUGCUAACGACCGAGAGAGAUGCACUUGUCCUGGCGCAGGACACCGCGGCCGAGGUCGAGUCGCGCUUGGCAUCGUUACUGGCGGAAAAAGCAGCAACAGAUGCCUCGCUCGCAGCGUGGGCCACCAAGGAAGCCGAGCUCGUCGACGCCGUGACCACCGCGCAAACGACCCAUGUCACGUACAAGGCCGAGUCCGAGUUGGAGCUCAAGUCGCUGCACGAGGCGCUACAAGCGCAGCGCGAUGCAACAAUAGCGAUCGAGGACGACCUGCGCCGCCUUGUGACUGAGCUUCGUCUGCCGUGUGCCGAGUCGGCGUCGCCGCUUCUGGCAACGCUGCAAAGCCACGUGGCUGAGCUCCAAGCAGCGCUUGACGACGCCAACGACGAGCGAGAUGCGAUUGUUUCCGCGCUCGACGUCUCGUCGCUCGAAGAUGUGCCAGCCGCCGCGGCGCAGCUUCGACAGACAUCAAUGAACACGGUGCAGGACUUGGCAGCGGCCGAGAAGGCGCUGUCGCUGCUGCGACUAGAGCUCGACGCGCGCACCGCCGACCUCGAGGCGACACGGUCGUCCUUAAUUCGCUUGGAAACCAGCGCGGCCGGAGACAAGGACGCGACGCUCGCAGCGCUGCAAGCCACCGAAGCCCAAUGGACAGUCGAGCUGUCGCAGUCGAAAGCCGCACUGGCGCCGCUGGAGCUCGAGGUCGCCGCCAAAACGUGCGAGGUCGAGGCACUUCAGAGUCAAGUCGCGGUCGCCACCGCCGCUUUGGCGCGCUGCGAGAGUGAAAUGAGCUGGCUCCUCCACGAAAUCGCGGUCGAUGUCGAGGCGCUGCGCGGCGAAGUCGACAAGCUCGAAGACGCCACCGAAGCCCACACGCAGACGCUUCUCGAAUCCCAAGCCGCGCACGAUGAGCAGUACAGUGCGAUUGGGCACGCCCAAGACCGCCUAGAGGGUCUCCAGAGCCAGCUCCAGACGCUGCGGCAGCAAGUGGCUGCGGUGCCCAUGCAGCUCUACCAGCUGCAGCAUCUGCAGUCGUCGCUGACGACCGAAGCUGCAGCAGCCCACAAGCAGCGCGACGAGCACGAGAAGGAGCGGCUUCGCUUGCGCCUGCUCGAAGCCGAGUGCGCUGCGAACACGGAAGUCGCGUUCACCGAGCUCGCUGCUCUCUUUGCAGCGCAUGGCGGCGACGCCACCCAGCACACCUACAUUAUGAAGACGAUGUCGCAUCUGCCGUCGCUGGCGGCGCGACUGCAGUCAGUGGCCGCCACGAUUGGCACCAUGACUGCGCACACGAACGACGCAAGGAUACACGCAGCGGGCGACGACGCGUUGCCGACGCCGAGCGUUGCAGAUAUCGAAGCCCAUCACGACAGCGGCGAUACGGCACAUGGACACGGUGCCGGCGCGACGCCGUUCCAUCCGGCGGGUUCUCCAGAGGACGGAAAUGACAAUGACAUUGACGAAGACACGAUCGAAGAGCAUUCGAAGGACGACAGUUCCGAGGCGCAAGCGCAUGACGGGCCGGCAUCGAUGACGGCCGACGACGACGCCCCGUUCGACAUGCACGGUGCGCCGAACGAUGACGACGAUGACGUCAUUGACGACGUCGACGACGACGUGCAGGAAGAGAGUUCAGACGACGACGAGACACACGGAGGUGACAACGCAGCGUGUACAUUGCAGCCACGUAUCCUGGUACCCGAGGCAUCACUGGCCGCUGGGAGCGCGCAUGAAGACGGUGACGAGGCACCUCAUCCUCAGCACGUACACUCGGCGGCAUUGAUGGACGAAGCGGUCGUCGAUGAAGAGGAGGCACCCGAGGCAUCGUUGUGCGGCGUAGAAGUCGCGACGGGACCUGCACCGACCGCUGGCAGCAGCAACGACGCAGAGAAAACCGAAAUCGCCGGCCACGCAGUGUCUCCCGAGUUGCGUCACGACGCGCUCGACGCUGAGAGCAAUGCCGAGCUAUCUGAUGACUUUGACGCAGACGACAACGCGCCGGAAACCGCUACGGAUAGCACCACCAACGGCAAGGCGACGGACCUGGCGCCUCCACCCGAGUACGAGGCAGACGUCGUGCCCGAUGCGAUCGCGACAGAAAUCGCUCUCGAAGUCGACCACGAGAGCAGCAGCGACAGCGAGGAGGAGUACGCGCAGGCUGCUUGUUCCUCCGUCGCCGACCGACAAACAACAAGCGGAGUGUCGGCGGGACGUGUGCAAGCCGAGGUCGAUGGUCAUGCGGACGGCACCCAACGCUCGGCCACCGCCGUUGCGGGCCUUACGGCCAACGAUGAGACCAUCGACCGCAGUGGGUAUCCCUCACGGGACGAUGCGAGUGAUGACGAAGUGCCUCUGCAUCGGUAUGCGGCCACUGCAGUGCCUUUGGCCGUCGGCGCAGCCGCCCUCGCAAGCUUGCGGUCGUCGGCCGGCUUCCAAUCGACGGCCAACGACGCCGAUGACGACGACGACGUCGAGCGCUUGAUGCAAAGUCGCCUUUGCCCGGCGCUCGAGCCCGUCCGUGAAACCGAUGACGAUGACGAGUUUUCUUACGAGCCUACCGACGCGUUGGCACAUAACGACGAGGACGACGACGCAGGGUCGACGCUGGACGAGGCCAUCGAAGAGUCUUUUGAUGACGCCGACUACGACGAUGAAGAUGUCGAGGUGACGCAAGCGCUCGGCACAGAUGUGAAUGCAUCGUUGGUCGAACCGCCUGCGACCCACGGACCACCGUCGCCCGAGUCGCCAUCUCGGAGAAAGUCGAUUCACCAGCUACUCUUUGGCACCAAGCCAGAGGCCGUUGCUGACGACGUUGACGCCAAGGCACAGGUCGACACCCCAAUGACCUAUGGCCCCGCCAUCGACGCGCAAGAGGAAAGCGCCGAGUCGGAGGGCGACGACGACACGCAUUUAGAGGACACAGCGGUGUUCUCGCCGGAGCAUACAGCGUCGGCGGCCGCCAACGAUGACUCCCGCACCCUUGACGAAGCGGUGGCCAACCAUGAUGCGCUUCUCGGAGUAUCCGCAUCGCCUGAGUAUGCUGUCGACGCUGGCGACGCGCUUGCGAGCACGAACGAGCCGGAAGAGCCGGAUUCUCCCACGGUUGCUCUCACCAGCGACGCCAACGACGCGUCGGAGGUCGAUGAGAUGGACGAAGUGUUGUCUGACGCUGACGAGUCGACGGACGACCAUCGUUCGGCGGAACGUUCCAAGAACGCCCACUUGCGUCUGGACCUGGAAGCUGAGAUGACGAACAAACACCGAAUCCAACAACGUACCGAUGACACGCCGGCGUCUAACGAGCGCGACACAACGAGCAUCGCCCAGGCAGUGCCGUUGGACGGAGUCGACGACGUUCAGAGUGAGACUGGCAGCUUUGACGACGUCGACGACGACGAUAUGACCAUCAACGCACGGACUGCGGAAGGCCAGAUGCCAGCUCAAGACGAGCCAAACGACUACGUGGAAGCUCACAAAGAGGGACAUGAACUCGACGACGCUACGGCAGUGCUCCGAGCUACGAUGGCCAACGUGGCAACCACAGACACUUUGGAUGAAGAUGUGUCGUCCUCCGAGUCGGAUGCGGACGAGGCGCCUGCGCCAAGCGAGGUGCUUCCGCACGCCAGUGUACAACCCACUGAGAGGUCGGUGCUCCAAGCUACCGACGGCGAUGCGUCCGACGAGGAAGAGGUGAUGGCGCCGGUGUUUCAGCAGUCGGCACCAACGAGCGCGCGUGCGACUCUCGCGUCACUCCGCCGGGCCGUUGACAGCGACGAGGACGAGUUGGACGACGAGACGCCUCGUCGGCCGACCGCGACUGGUGACGACGACGACUCGUUCGACAUGAACGACGCGAUGGCGGGUGUAGCCCACAAUGGCAGCACCGCGACUGACCACGUCACCUACGAAUCGAGGGAUGUUGACACGCUAGCCGCCGACAACUCGUUCGAUAUGGAGUACGAUGAUGAUGUACCCGAAGACGACUUCGACACGGCAGAAGAUCACGGCAGCAGUGACGACGAGGGUAGCACUACGACCCCUGAGUUGCAGCCGCUCGAAGUGGCGGCAGCCGUGAUUGCAGCCACAGAGACGUUUCAGGAGGCGCCGCUUGCACAGUGUGCCUCCAACGAUGAGCACGAUACGUCCUCUCUUGCGACCGACCAUUCCGCACCGACGGUGGCUGGCGGUGACGCAUCCUUGCCACACGAUGUCAGCGCAGCAGCCGACAAAGUUGCCGACGACGAGGGCUUCUCGGACGACGAAGCUCUCUCGGAAAAUGAAGCCAUGGAGCCGCAGGUGGACGAAGCCCAAGAGGCUGAGCACCACAUCUCUGCUACGAUCGACGUUGAUUCAAAGCCAUUUGCGGACACACCGCUCGCUGCAACCACGCGCACAGUCCACGCAGAUGUGUCGGACGAUGUCGACGAGGUGGAGCGGUUGAUGCACAGUCACUUGCACCGAACGACCGCUGACGACUCUUUCGAUGCUGAUGACGACGACUCCGUGGCCGAGACCAGUCAACGAUCGCCCGCGCAAGAGAGCGCUGAGAUGCAGAUCGGAAGUCUCGCAACUCAAAGUACGCUGUUUUCCGAGCGUCAUGACGACAACGGGGACGGCAGUGACGACGACGAGCCGCUCUCGGACCCGGAGGACGACGUCGGUGACGAAGAUGACGAGCCACUCAACGAUUCGAUGCCGUUGUCAACGCACACGGACGUCGCGCCCCUCAUGUCGGAGACAGCCGCGAUGGCAGAGACCAAGACAUUGGAGCUGCCGAUGACCACCGCAUCGGUGGGCAACGACGAGACACGCGAAACGCCCGCGCGUGGGACCGCUGACGUGGCGCCACUACAAGUCACGCACGAAUACGACGACGCGGAAGAGCUCUCGUCCAGCGACGAUGAAGACGGUAUGGACGAGUCUAUUGAAGCAAGCGAGGACGAUGCGAUCGCUGACAUGGCGGCGGGUGCAUUGGUCGAGCCUUCAAAGGCGGCGGCCCCGCUGGUGUUUGCAGCCCAAGAAAAUGGUGCGCAGCUAGCCGAAGAAGCUGAUGACGGCGAAGAGGUCGCGGUGGCCGUCGCCUCUCGUUUUGGACUCCCCGAGAUGCAUGACCGUGACAGCGGCUCCGAUACCGAAGACGAGCCGGCCGUUGACCACAAGGACGCGUCAUAUGGCGCAGACGCUGCGAUGGCGACCGCGCUGCCAUCGGCGUACGUGGCAUCGUCUCUUGCUCAACCUCGCGACGUGUCUUUGGAGACCGACGCCAUCGAGCGAAAUGAUGAGCAGCGGAACAGCCAUGCCGACGAUGACCACGACAACGCGUUCGACUUGGACGACGAAGGCAUCGACGACGUUGACCGCCUUGCCGAUGCAGAUGAUGAAGAGCCCGUUGAGAAUGGCUCUCAUGCCGUGGACGAAAGGGCUCAACCACUGGCAACGGCUCGAUUCGAUGGCGACGAAGAAGUGUCGGACGACAACCUCGAGACCUCGGACGACGAUGAAGACACUUUUGAUGCGUCGAAGCACGUACUGGAGCCACCUUUGACGGAGGCCCGCGGUGAUGACAUCUCAUUGGCGUCCUCCGUCGUCGACAACGGUCUCUCUGAUCGUGUCAGCACGCGUCACUUGGACAACGACCACGAGCUGUCCGAUGCCGAUGAGCAAGAGCUGUCCGACGACCAAGCUGACACUGGUUUGGACGCUUUGUCUUCUCUGGCACGCGACCACGCUGCUGGGGAAGAAUACCAGCUGGUGGCUUCAGUGACGUCGCUGCAAGACGAUCAUGCGAUGCAACGCGCUACCGACGACGAUGACGAAGCCUUGUCAGACCCAGAAGACGAUGUUGCUGAAAACACCUUCGACGAACCAACCGAGCCCAUGACGGCAGUAGCGGGAAUUGACCGUGGCGCCGGUGCACCUUUGACGCAGCUGCACGACGCUAGAGCUGCAACAUCAGUUCGGUUGAGUGCCGAUGACGAAGCGUUGUCAGACAAUGAAACCGAUGUCGGCGCUGACCACCACGAGACGGCUGUAUUGCCCAAGAGCCCUCUCGUUGCUUCGGCUAGUCAUCACGAAUCUACCUCAACCACCCAGCUCCACGAUGAGACGGAGGGCUGUCAAGUCACUGAGACCCACGCCAACACUAACGACGAGAACGAUGACAGCGACGAAGCGCUGUCCGAUGUCGAAGACGGUCACGAGACGUUGGACCCCCGCUUCAGUGAUGCCGAUGACGCGUCACACCUCGGCACGGAAGCCCUUCAUGACACUACCUCUACUACUGCGCCCAACGCCACAGCGACGGCACCGAUGCAUGUCGGUGACGACUGCGAAGACGCGCUGUCCGAAGAGGAGAGUGCCAAUGACUUUGACAGCGGCUUUGACGCACCGACACUGCAGAGUCCACCAGUGGAGACGCGGAUGCGCCUGCAUGACGCCCCGGUGUCGCCCGACGUCACCGCAACGCGAGAUCCGAUGGUCGGGGGGAGCCCCCAGAUGGAGGACGACAACGACGAUGCGCUGUCAGAGGUCAACCACAACGCCGAUGAGGUGGACGACGGCGAAAGCAGCUUCGAUGCGGUGGUUGCCGCGCCAUCAGCUGCCCUCGAUGGAGCAGAGCGCCACGAUACCCUCGCGACAGACCGUCAUGACGUCAUGCGUCCAGCAGUCGCGUUCCAGUUUGAUGACGAGGAUGAGGCGUUGUCAGACCCCGAAGACGACGGGGAGGUAAAUGACAACAGCUUUGAUGCCCCAGCCAGGACACCGGACGAGCCCCAACAGUCAUCCUCUGAGAUCCAUGCCGAUGCCACGGCUGACCGUCAUGACGUCAUGCAUCCGGGUGCUCAAACGUCAACUCACUUUGAUGACGCGGACGAGGCGCUGUCGGACCCCAAAGACGACGUUGACGGUAUCGACGACAGCUUUGACGCGCCGAUGGUGACGGCGGACGAGCCACGUGCGCCUUCGUCAGAGAGCAACGACAACACCGCGAAGGACCACCAAGACGCCAUGCGUCCGGUAGCCGCGUCCCCAACGCACUUUGAUGACGAGGACGAAGCGUUGUCGGAUGCGGAAGGCGAUGCCAGUGGUAUCGACGGCACCAUCGAUGCACCGGUAUCGACGACAGACGAGCUCCGUGUGCCUUCUACAGAGAGCCACAACUACUCAACAACGAACCGUCACGAAGCUGGUCGCCCGGUUAUCCAGCCGUCAACCCACUUUGAUGACGAAGAUGACGCGCUGUCGGGUGCCGAAGACGAGGUCGAUGGUGUCGACAGCGUCAUCGGUGCACCGGUGGCGUUGCCAGACGAGCUCCAUGUACCUCCCACGGAGCGUCAAGGCAGCCCCGUCCAUCAUGAAGCCGCACGCCCGGUUGACAAGCCGUCAGCGCACUUUGAUGACGAGGACGAAGCGCUGUCGGACCCUGAAAUCGUUGUCGAUGGUGUCGACAACACCGAUGACGCCAAGAUGACGAGCGAGCCACAUGUCUCAUCGUCAGAGAACGACGGCGAUUCUACGAUGCACCGCCAAGAAGUCGCGUCUUUGGUUGGGCAAACGUCAGCACACUUUGAUGACGAAGACGAUCCGUUGUCGGGUGCCGAAGACGAUCCGUUGUCGGGUGCCGAAGACGAUCCGUUGUCGGGUGCCGAAGACGAGGUCGAAGGUGUCGACGACACGGUUGAUGACCCACUGGCGACGCGGGGCGAGCCACUUGGGGCUUCCGCAGAGAGCCAUGCCGCCUUUGCCGCGACCGACCGUCAUGAAGCUGUGCGUCCCGGUAUCCAGAUGGCAACCCACUUUGACGACGCGGACGAGGCACUGUCGGACCCCGAAGACGAUAUUGCUGGUAUCGACAACAGCUUUGACGCGCCGGUGGUGACGACAGACGAGUCGCGUACGUCUCUUACAGAGACGCAGGACAACCGCGCAACGGACCCUUACGACGUCAUGCGUCCGAUGGUCACAUCCUCAACCCAUUUCGAAGACGCGGACGAGGCGCUGUCCGACCCCGAAGACGAAGACUUGUCGAACCCCGAGGACAAUGGGGAUACCAUCGACAGCAGUUUCGAUGCACCAACGAUGCCCCCGCACGACCUUCGUGCCUUGUCAACAGGUAUGACCGGCAAUGCCCUCUCGAACGGGCACAUCAUUGACAAUCGCGCGUCAUCGCCCAUCAUGGAAAGCCACCCUAUCGAUCACGACGGCGGUGACGAAGCGUUGUCCGACCCUGAAGAUGACAGCUUUGGCGACGGUGAGCACGGCUCGAAUGGCUUUUCCAAAGCACCGUCGCGUCCAACGCGCGCAGUUGGCAAUUCCGUCGACGCCGAUGCGCUGUCGGACGAUGAAUCUUUGGUGGACGCCACCGACAUUUUGUCCAAGCAAGCCAAUGAUGCUCACGGACACGAACAACACUCGCCAGACAACGACCAUUAUGCACCAGUCGCUGCCUCCACAGCGAUGGACGUCGGGCCGCAGGAGGCAGUGAGCACAGUCCCUUUGGCAACCUCUCGACACCAUGAUACAUCGGUUGACGACGCCAGCGAUGCGGACGACGACAAUGACGUUUCGGCGCCGUUGCAAGGCGCAGACGCGGCGUCGAUCGAUGCUGCCAGCCGUCGACUGCUUACGACCGUGCACUACGACGACGCAGACGACUUGUCUUCGGAAUCAGACGACGAGCAGCCAGCGGCACCGACCAAGUCGCCGCCGGUGUACGACGACGGCGGCGAAGAUGUCUCGGACAGUGACGCGGACGACACAUCGGCGCCACCCGCCCACAAACCGUCAAUGGUCAACGAGCUUGCUCCGGCUGCCUCUACCUCGGCGAUGGAAGAUGAAGAAGACGACGACCAUGAGACGGUCGAGACGCCAUUGUCGGCCAGAGCGCCGAUGGGUGGGCUGCCGCCCGUCACCGCUCGCUUUGGCACGAUGGCCAACGCCCACGAAGCCGACGACGAAGACCUGGACGAGGUCGAGCGACUUAUGCAAGGUCACUUGCAGGGCCGCGCAAAUGACAACUCGUUCGACUUUGACGAUGGCGAAGACAUUGAGAAUAGCUUCGACACGCCCGACACCAUCGCGACGAUCCCGCAUGCUCACGCAGCAAAUGACGACGGUGAAAACGAGCUAUCGGAUCCCGAAGACGACCCAGCGGAAGCCAACGUACCUUAUCAUGGCUCCCUCGGGCACGACACGGACCGAGCAUCACCGGUAUCGGCAGCGUCUCUGGGCUCCUUGAGCGUGCCACCGCCGACAGCGCAACAUCCGACGCAUACCAGCGAUGAGCACGCUGAGCUUGACGACAGCGACGAAGAACUUUCCACGAACGGCGACGAACCGGCGCCUCGUCACGCACCCCACGCCGCGCCGCUCUCUCCGAUCGUGUCGCAGCUGCCACAAGGCGCUUCGUCUCUCGGGCGGCUCGCGCCACUCGGUACCAAAGCCCCUCUGGCGGCGCUCCAUGUCAGAGACACCGAGGACGACUUGGACGAAGUUGAGCGCUUGAUGCGCGACCACGUGACGACACACGCGUCACUCGCAUCGCGUACGGCAGCAGAUGCCGACUUUGACGACAGCUUUGAUGCCCAAGAGGCCUCUGUCGACGACGACGACAACGAUGACGCGCUCUCGGACCCGGAUGAGGCGGCGGCAGCGUUCAACGCCGUGCAACAACGCGAGGAUACAGCCGGCAAGCGGAUGCCAUUGACACCGCUCCCAAAGACGCUUCCGCCAAUGAGCGCUGCGCAUGAGAGCUCGUUGGACGACGCGUCACCAAGCAAGUUGUCGGCGCUGGACCGAGCGCUGCUUCCAUCCAACGCUGCGGGUGACGCUCGCCAAGCCCCCACGGUUCACCACGAUGACGACGCAAUGGAGCUCGGCGCGUCCUUUGACGACGGCAACGAGGAUAGCCUCGAUGCAAGCGGUGUCGCCGACCCCCCUCGGUUCGACGAAGGCGAGGACGUCGACGGGUCGAGCCGCGACGACGACGCCGCGUCAUUAUCGCCGUCGCCAGUAGCGCCACCGAGCAGCGCCCCACCCCACGACGACGACGACGCGUACUCGGAUUCUUUCGAUAUGGAGGAGUCGAUCGAUGAAAGCAUCGCGUCCGAUGAGGACGCCACGUCAUAG